GGUAGGAGGAAAAGCGGUUGUGUUGAGGCUGGUCCCCGCAGCCUUUGUGGAGCUGCAGCACUGUCUGUCUCUUCCAGAUGGCAAACGUGGCCUUCAUGCGGGGACAGCUGGACAAUGCAGAAAAGCUCUACAAAGCAAGUAUGAGCUAUUUGCUUGCAGGGGACACAAAGGAGGAUGACAAUGCAAUCCUUGAGAUGUCCCUCAAGCUGGCCAGUAUCUAUGCUGCUCAGAAACAGCACAAAUUAGCCCUGGCUGGCUAUGAGUUCUGCAUCCUGACCUUAGAGGAGAAGAUUACCAAGCAAAAGGACUUGCCUGAGGAUGUCUUGCCAGCUGAAGAAAAGGCCAACACCCGUCUGUUGCUUGGGAUGAGCCUAGACUCCUAUGCUCGCUAUCUCCUAAACAUUAACCAGCUCCCAGUGGCCCAAAAAAUGUAUGAGAAGGCUCUGCAGAUAUCAAAUGAUGUUCAGGGAGAGACUCAUCCACAGACUGUGGUCCUGAUGAAUGACUUAGCAACUGUACUGGAUGCUCAGGGGCACUAUGAUGAGGCAUACUCCUAUGUGAAGAGGGCAGCUGAGCUGGCAAAGGAGACUCAACACCCUGAGGAGCACAUGGUGCUGAAUAACCUGGCAGCAAUUCUGAUGCACAAAGACUUCCUGCAAGCAAAACAAGUGUACAAAGAAGCUCUCAAGCAGGCACAACAGAAGGGAGAUGUUGCUUCUGUCCAGCACAUCCAGGAAGAACUAGCUGAGCUGGCCAAGAGGAGAAAGGGCUCCAAAUGAGUUUGGCCACAGAGUCCAACUUUGAGGUGGCCUACAGCAGCGAGGGUUGGUCAGUACAAGCAGCCUGGGACCAGUUUGGUGCAAUUCUCCAGGGAAACAGCAAUGAGGAGUUUAAGGACUGCUUAACAAGAAGGGCUGCUAUUGCCUAACAACUUAGCCCAAAAUAAAGUUGUGAAAUCUUAACUA